AUGGCAGCAGACAGGUGUGAGUGCAUCUGCAUGCACGGUACAGGGAUUGGACUGCUGAGGACCUUCUCAGCCAAGGGAGUGGGCUCACUCACAAUUUUGCCUAAGAACACAGCCAUGAAUAAAGAAUGGUACAAAAACAUCCUCCGAGAGCAACUUCUCCCAACCAUCCAAGAACAGUUUGUUUCAACUACUCUUUUCUCUUCAUGUUCCCUUCAGGACAAAGACUCAAAAAUAGUGUUCCUUCAGAAGGCCAUCGAUGUGGUGAUGCUGGUUAGCGGAGAGCCCUUGGUUGCUAAACCCGCUCGAAUCGUAGCCGGACACGAACCAGAGAAGACCAACGAGCUGCUGCAGGUCAUUGCUAAGUGCUGUCUCAACAAGCUCUCCAGUGACGAGGCUGUUAGACGGGUGUUAGCAGGAGACAAGGUGGAUCAGAAGGGGAAGCCCAGCACCUCCAGGUCCCAGGACAAGGAGAACAGAGAGGGCAGGGAGCACCACCGAGACCGUGAGGAGAGGAAGGGCAUCAAGGAGAGCAGCGGGAGCCGAGAGCAGAAAGAUCCAGAUCAACCGAAAGAUCAAGAGAGCAAGAGAGACGACAAGGACCACCGGCGAGAUGCUGAGAGGUCAGACAAGGGACGCGAAAGAGACCGGACAAAAGACAGAGACAAGGACAAGAGCCGGGAUCGGGAGAAAGACAAGACCAGAGAGAAGGAACGGGAGAAGGAGAAGGAGAAGGACCGCAACAGGGACAAGGAGAGAGAACGAGAUAAAGAGAGGGAUAAGAAAAGGGAACGCGAAUCUCACAGAGACAGAGAACGAGACAAGGAGAGAGAUCGCGAGAAAAGACGGGAGAGAGAAAAAGAAAAAGAACGCCACAGAGAGACUGGCGAGAAGCUAAAGGACAGAGGCGAUAGAAAGAUCAAAGCAGCAGAGGAGAUCAGCAAGCCAAAGCCUCACCCAGAGGUUGCGAGUAAAACACAUGAAGCCGUAGCAGACGAGGCCGAGGGCGGUGAACUGGAGCCUACAGAUCUCUCUGAAAUCCAGGCUGAGAGUCCUUCCCGGAUCCCACGGCCCUCAUCGGCUAAAGGACAGCGGCGGUGGCCCAAAACAGGAGGUCAAGAUGAGACUGACAGUGAAGGAGAAGGGGAAGCCCCUUCAGCAGAGAAACCAGUCCCCAUUGAGAAUGGAGACAUAACGGAUUCUGUGCCACCUCAAACAACACAUAGACGGUUACCGCGGCCUAGCAGUGCACGACCGGCAGCCCCCCGCGUCAAACGACAGGAGAGCUACACUGAUCAUGUGACCUCAGCAGAGAGUCUGGGCAGUGGCAAGACCCCUGCGACUGUUAUUUUGGAUGGCAAGAAGCUCUCUGAAGAUGAGGAUGAUGAAGAUGUGCAAUUUGUGGUGGAGGCAGCUGCACCUCCUCCUGACAUACCGGAAGUUGAGCGUAAUUCACUUGAACUGCAAGGGGAUGACAAACACGGUGGACUUGUGAAAAAAAUCCUAGACACAAAGAAAGACUAUGAAUCAUCUCCAUCCACAAAGUCAAAAGAACAGGAUCGGUCACUGGUGUCGGAGUCGUCUCGUAAGAAGGAACGUGAAUUGGUGGCGAAGGAGAUCGAGCGACUGCGUUCGUCCAUACAGACGGUGUGUCGCAGCGCUCUGCCUCUGGGCAAGAUCAUGGACUACAUUCAGGAGGAUAUGGACUCCAUGCAGAACGAACUGCAGACCUGGCGCAAAGAGAACAAGGAGAACGCACAGGCUCUGCUACAGGAGCAAAGAAUCACAGACAGCGUUGUGGAACCUCUGAAGACUGAGCUCACUGAACUGGAGCAGUUAAUCAAAGACCAGCAGGACAAGAUCUGCGCAGUCAAGUCCAACAUCCUGAAGAACGAGGAGAAGAUCCAGAAGAUGGUAUCCAGCAUUAGCUUCUCCUCACAAACGUGAAUAUCAGCACAUCCCAAAAGAAACCUGAAGCACUGAGCAGCAGGGAGAGCUCCUGUUAAUAGACCCCGAUGUCUUUGAGCCGCACUGGAAAGAGUUCAGAAGGUGCAGGUACAGUCAGGAGUCACUCUCCUCAAACCCCCUUCAUGUAAGGUGCCUUCUGUUAGACCCAGGAUCUGUUUGCGCUGGUCCAUUGGGAUUCUCAAACACACUCACACUUCUGCAGUAGAUUUGCACUCGUCACUUGCUUGAAAGAUAAAUGUGUGUGUGUUGUCACCAUACUGAUGUGUCCUGUAUUUUUUAAAUAGGACUUUAAUUGCUUCCCAUGUUCUCUUAGGAAAACAGACUGACAGGGUUAUAUAUUUUUUUAUUAUUUAGCUUUUUUUCCAUU